AUGUUGCCUUUAAUUUUUGCUUUGUUAUUUACCCUUUCUCAAGCAGACCCAGGAAUUUGUAAAAGUGCUUUAAUAUCUGUAUACACCAAAACCCACAAAGACGCCACAAAAAUGCUUUAUUACUCUGGAAGAGAUUUUGAUGAUUUAGGAAAAUACGAUGACUGCAAUGACUUAGACUCUGCAAAAUAUCUUUUAAUAAGAGGCAAAGUCCAAGGAAAUAUAGGAAUGAUAGGCCUAUGUGGCCCAAAAGAAUGUUCUACUUCAGAUUACGACGACUUAAAAGGAUGACUUGAUGUUGCCUUAAAUUUGACUUCACGAGGAAUUGAGCUGGACACGCUGAAAUUUUAUUUUUCUUAUGAUUAUAAUCACGAACCACUUGACGGAGGAGCUAUUUUUAUGGUAAUUUUGUGGUGCUUGUUAAUAAUCGUUGUCAUUUCAGGCACAUAUCUUGAGUACCUGAAAAUCCAAGACCCUGAAAAGAAAUUUGAAGGGAAAUUGGGGCUUUUAAUGACUUUUUCAGCCAUACACAAUUCUUCAAAGCUAUUUGUCCUUCCUAUAGAAAAAGACAAUUUACAAAUUUUUAACGGAAUUAGGGUUUUUGGAAUGCUUUAUAUCAUUAUUGGGCAUUCUUAUGUAUACCAGCUUAGUGCAGCAAUCACAAAUCCGAAUCAAGCAAUUGAUUGGAUAACUGAUUUUGGGCAUAAAUUUAUAUCAAUGGCCCAAUAUCUGGUUGAUAUUUUUUUCCUUAUGGCUGGGUUUCUGCUUGCAUAUCUUACAAUCGGAGAAAUGAACAGAAAAAAUGGGAGGAUUAACUGGGUUGUGUUUAUAUCCCACCGCUUCAUCAGGAUGAUUCCUGUUUAUUGGUUUGCUUUUUUAAACUACCUGCUGCUAGAAAGAUAUAUAGGAGGUGGCCCUCAGUGGCCAUCAUUUAAACAGCUCACUAUAACAGGCUGUGACGACUAUUGGUGGUCAAAUCUUUUAUUUUUAAAUAAUCUUUUGCCUAGUGACGCUUAUUGUUGCAUGGGCUGGACAUGGUACGUAGCCAAUGAUGUACAGUUUUAUUGCUUUACGCCUAUUAUUUUGAUAAUUUAUUAUAAGAGAAAAUACUUCGCAUAUAUUCUCUUAUGCCUCCUUAUUCUGCUGAAUUUUGUUAUAAUUGCAGGGCUGUCAGAUAGGCAUGACUAUAAUCCUACGAUUUUGUAUGGGUUAAAUGAUAAGCAUCAAUUUUUGAAUAUUUAUGUAAAACCAUAUACAAGGAUGUGCACUUAUAUAUUAGGGUUAAUAAUAGGAUUUAUUUAUAGGUCAAAUGUGGACUAUAGACCUGUGAGCUUGAUAUCUCCUGUUACUGAUAUUGAAAACUCUGAACAAUCUGCGUUUGAAAGUCAGCUUUACCCUGAUAAGGAGAGGGAGGUUAGUGAUAAUUCAAACUUAGAUUGGGUCACAAACUUAGAAGUUAUGUCUGUAAGGUGGAUUCAUAAUUGAUAUAUAAGGUAUUCAGCAUAUGCUCUAGGAGCUGGAUUAAUGUUUAUGAUAAAUUUCCUUCCUUAUCAGCUUGAUGACCAUGGCUUGGAUUAUUGGACACAAAAUGGAAAAACCACUUUUUUGGUAUUCGAGCAUUUUACAUUUGCUGUGGGAUUCAGUUUGAUUUUGAUUCCUAUGCUUUUUGGGAAAGGCAGGGUAUUAAAUUAUAUUCUAAGCUUUAAAUAUCUAUAGCGCUUUCCCGAGGAUGGCGCGCGGAAUGGCGCCAUCCUCGGAAAGUCAACUAAGCAUCCAUACGGGAACUGGGAGUUCCACGUGUGGAUGCCAUUUUUGACAUGUGGGAUCCAAACUUCCACAUGUCAAAACGGCAUCCACACGUGGAACUCCCAGUUCCCGUGUGGAUGCCUUCCUAGCUUUCCCGAGGAUGGCGCCAUUCCACGCCAUCCUCGGGAAAGCGCUAUAGUUCCGCUGGCCAGAAUUAGCUUUUCAGUUUACAUUAUCCACCCUAUUUUUAUUUAUUUAGUUGCUUUGUCAAGAUAUCAAGCCUUUUACUUGCAAGAUUGGGAAUUGCUUUAUAAUGCAAUUGCGACGAUUUUUCUAUCGUUUAUUGUAGGCUUUAUUUUAUCUAUGACUUUGGAAAGUCCUAUUUUAUCAUUAGAAAGGAAACUUCUUGCUCCCCCUCCGUGAGUUAACAAAACCAUUGGAAAAAAACCCUAGUUUUUGCCAAAAAUCCAUCCUUCGUGAGCAAACAUAAAAGAAAUUUUUUUAUGAAAAAAAUUGAUAUAUAAGUGAUAAUUAAUAUAAUGAAAUCUCGAGCUAAUUCUGUUUAAUUUUAAACAGAUUGCGUUUUUAAAAAAUAAAUUUUAUAAAUUAAAUUAAUAUUGCAAAUUAGGAUUUUUUUAAAAUUUCGAAAAAAAAAAAUAUUAACCACACUCUGUAAGCAAACAAAUUUUUUUGUUCACUCACGAAGGGGGGGAGUUAGGAAGAAAUAA